CUAUGGCGAAUGUGAAAAGAGGCGAUUUGAACAUUGGCCCCGACACUGUGUACUUCACUACAGCAGACUCGCAAGGCAAUGCAUGCUCCUUCAUCAACAGCAACUUCAUGGGGUUCGGCUCGGCCAUUGUUCCCGAGGGGUGUGGCUUUACGUUACAGAACCGAGGGAGUGGAUUUUCAUUGGAUCCAGAGCACCCAAAUGUGAUCGCCCCAACUAAACGUCCAUAUCAUACCAUAAUCCCCGCCAUGUUAACUGAUUCAAACACAG